CAUACGUACGCAUGCGAUUCCCGGUGAUAUUGCGUAAUCAUCCAAAAUGGCUGCGCCCACGAGAGUUUUUUCGGUGUGCUGGAGAGUGAGCUUGUUUUGUCGUUAUAAUGCCUUUAAAGCAAAAGAUCAUACUUACAGACAAUUGUCAACGUCGAUGGUAUCUCUUAGAUCCGAGAAGAGCAAUUCUAGUGAUACAGAUCUUCUCAAAAUUCUUGUAUGUCCGAUCUCAAAACAGCCAUUGAGGUUUGAUGCUGACAGCAAUGAACUAAUCAGUGAUGCCAUCAAUGUAGCUUACCCGGUCAAGAAUGGUAUCCCUAAUCUGGUCCCUACAGAUGGAAGAAUCUUGAAAGAUAACCCUGAGAAAGGACCACAGUCUGAUGAUGAUGGGACUCCAGUUUGACAUGACCUUUGAACUUGUGCAUGAAGAAGCAGCCAAGAAAUAGCCUUGAAUCUCCAUUAACAAGGAAAGAUUAUUGUACAAAGUGAAUGUUGUGAGAAAUUGUGGCAAAGAAACAAGUCUUUUUUUGGAAGAGAAGAUGAUUGAAACUUGUAGUCCUGCAUGCAAGACAAGAAACGUAUUCAGUGACUAGUCCGACUGUCGGUACACUGAAUUGGUGUUUGAACUUUAAGUUCAAUGUAUGAUAAAGAAAGAACAUAUUCUUGACAUUAACCAUGUAUAUUACAAUUUUGAAAUCUUUUGUAUGUUUUAAAGUGGAAGUGAUGCAACAUAGUACUCAGUAACAAAUGGAAGAAGGCACAAAACUCCAGAAAAGAAAAGAAACUAGUGUGCUUUAAAUUCAAGUGAAGUUAAUGCUCAUCAAAUGUUGAAACACUUGUGAUUCUCUAAUGCCUAGGUCACACCAAUGCAUUGAGCCCAUGCGUUUCUAUUUUGAUGUAAAGAACGGCGAAACGAGUCGACAUAAAUCUGGGAAUGUAUGAUUUGAAUUGGAUCCAAAGAUAAAUUGAUCUAGCUUUUGGGGGAAACGAUCGACAACACAACGGCCCAAGAAAAUUUUGGACAUUUUCAAAAUUCUAUAUUUCCUGCUGCGUUUCCACUUUAUCUACACAUUAAACUGACAUCGAGACAGUAUCAAAGUGACAUUGAAAUAUUGCAAGGUGAAAAUGUAUGCAUUUCAAAAAUCGAGAAAGGAACUGACAUCAAAAUGGAAAAGUUUUGGUGUGACCUAGGCAUAAUGAGGUUUGCAUCUGCAUCUCAGACAGAAAAUCAGAAUUUGCUUAAGUUGUAAAUUAUCACUUUCUUUGACAGAGUCAAUAAAACAAAGCAAAGGCACAAAUGUUGUACUUUAAAAGUUUGUAUUUAUUAAAAAAUUGACAAAUCUCAUUCGUUGAGAUACAAUUUGAUGUGCUGAUAUAUUUACAAAUAUACACAAAACAAAGAAACAAAACAUACAUUUGACAAAGAAAAUGUUUCUCACGAGCCCCCAUCCACUUUGUUUCAACAUUAUUUCGGAGACAAACGUAACAUAACUUGUAACCAUAACAUGCAACAAUGGUGAACAUCAGAAAGAGGAGUCAGAUCAUGAUGGCAAUACUCUUUACAUCUUUAAUAAUCACUGGUACAUUGAAACAUGCGAUAUCUUAAACGGCAUCAUUAUAUUAUUUUUUUCACAUACCUAGCAAACAUGUGCUCUAGUUCAUAUUAUGGAGUAACAAAUGUUUACCUUAAAGAGCUUCCCCACAAUUGGGAAAUUGUUCACAAAACUGUUUGAAAUUUUGAUGGGUUUGAAUGUGUAGAAUCUAUAAGAAGUUGUAACUAAUGCUGCAGUUAUCUGGUUAAAAAGAUGAGAGUGUACUCUAGUAUUGGGAUGUAAAUGAUAGCUGUAUACGCAAUUUUCUCGACACUUGAAAUAGCAAUGGUAAAUAUAUUCUGCAAUUAAAUAAGACAUUCAACAUUGACUGAUUACGUACAAGCAAUUGGUCUAGAUUGGUCUAGAUUAUGACGACAGUGUGCGGAAGUUGUAGAAAAACAUCAAUAAAUAACUAAAAAGUGA